UACAUUUACGCCCAAGAAGGAAAACACAGAAGCCAGAUUCACGAUGUCGAACGCACGCAACGCUGCUAGGUUGUUGAAUCCAUGCGUUUUUCAUCUCCAGAAGCUCGGAAUCGAGCUCAAAUGCCCCAGCUGCCUGAACUUGCUAAACAAGCCAAUGCUGCUUCCCUGUAAUCACAUCCUUUGCGAUUCUUGUGUCCCGAAAUCUUCCAAACGUAGCACCCCGUGUCCGGCAUGCCUGCAGCAUUUUACAGAUCGAGAAAUUAGAUCUGCUUCUUACCUUGAGAACGUUGUUGGUAUUUACAAAAGUCUGGAUACUACCUUCAACGCUACCAUCUUGCCACUUUUAUCUACUUGCACUGGAACUUGGAUGUCAAUGUCAACAUCUCCUCAUCAGUUGUGGAAGCCAUCCAAUGAAAUGGCAAUUGGUGGGAAAAAUAAUCACGUUGAUGCUUCACCAGUCAGUGGUGCUAAGUUUAAUAAGUCCCCUCAAUUUGAAGAAUUGGAUGUGAAGCAUGCUUCAGAAACAUCACCUGGCAGUUCUCCUUCUGUUGCUGACACAGCAAUUGCAGGCCACAGCGAUCCUGACACUGGAAAUAGGAGUACAGAAAAGCAAGGAGCUGUGAAAUCUGCUGGGGGCAACUCUGCUCACACUGCAGUUGAAGUGGAUGAUAGCAGCACAUUUAACACAAGGGAACCUAAGAGGCAAAAAAAGUUGUCUUAUGGGCCAUCCAAUGUGGUUUUGCAAAGCCAUGAAUGCAAGCCACAACUAGUUUUACAUUCUGAUGAAGCUGCUGUUUCAUGUGAAGAGUACAGACACAAGGAGGAUGUUUCUACGGCUUCAAAAUUAAUACCUUGUGAUGCAUCUUAUCCUGAUGGAAAUGUUUGCGCAUUUUGUUGCUCUUCUAAGACAACAGAAGAAACUGGACAAUUAUUGCACUAUGCAAAUGGCAAGGCAGUAACACAGGAUGAAAUUGCUUUUUCCACUGCCAUUCCUGUCCACAUUAAAUGCAUAGAAUGGACUCCUCAAGUUUAUUUUUCAGGAGAAAUGAUUAUGAACUUGGAGUCUGAAUUGGCAAGAGCCUCCAAGCUUAAAUGCAGCAGUUGUGGGUUAAAGGGGGCAGCACUUGGUUGCUUCGCAAAGUCCUGCAGGAGAACUUACCACAUGCCCUGUGCCAUGGAAAUUGCAGGCUGCAGAUGGGAUUGUGAGGAUUUUUUAAUGCUGUGCCCAUCUCACAAGUCUAUUAAGUUUCCAAGUGAGAAAUCAAAGUCUAGAAACCAUCAUAAUGGUGAAAAGUGUUCCUUGUCCACUCAAGGUUGUCUUGAAUGCAGUGCCUCUAUACAACCAAGUUUUUGGGCAAGCUCCCCCAAUGGGCGUUGUAAUUGGGUUUUCUGUGGUUCUGCUCUGUCUCCACAAGACAAGUCUGUUAUGAUCAAAUUUGCUAAACUUUGCGGCGCCACCGUGUUCAAGUCUUGGAAUCGUCAUGUUACACAUGUGAUUGCUGCCACCGAUUCAAAUGGUGCUUGCAGUAGAACCCUGAAAGUUCUCAUGGCAAUCUUGAAUGGGAGAUGGGUCCUCACAAUGGAUUGGAUAAAAGCUUGCAUUGAAGCACAUGCUCCUGUCGACGAAGAGCCUUAUGAAGUCAAUAUGGAUAAUCAUGGUCUUCGCGAUGGCCCCAAACUCGGCAGAUUAAGAUCUUCAAACAAUGCUCCAAAGCUUUUCGAAGGCAUGGGCUUUUAUUUUAAUGGAGAUUUCAUUCCAUCCUUCAAGAAUGAUCUCUUAAAUUUAGUGACUGAUGGUGGGGGGACUGUCAUUGAGAAUAUGGAGAAGAUAAUGACAGAAGAGCUCGAUUCGCCAAUGGCGACAACUUUCGUCGUUUAUAAUUAUGAUAGCUCGCAAGGAUCAUUGCCGGAAGCAAGUUCUUUUGCAUCCAUGGGAUUAGCAGAAGCAGAAAGAAUUGCCAGAAAUUUUGAUGCUGUGGUUAUUCCCCAUACAUGGAUCUUAGAAUCUAUAGCUUCUUGCAGUGUGUUGGCUCCCCAUCUUCCAUAGUCAUGAUCCACAUGCUGUUUGUUCUUCUAAUGUAGUCACAGGAAAGGGUCAAUUUAUUGAUGUACUUCCAUUUUAGAUAUUUGAAUGAUGAAAAAUAUAC